CAACUACUUUAUUAUCUUAUUAACAAACAACCUUUAGAACAGAUCUCUCCUCUUUCUUUCUCUGCUAUACACAAAGUUCUAAAUAUACCUCCUAACUUGGAUCAAUUGAAAGGUAAGAAAUAUGUAUUCUUCUGCCACUACUGCCGCACCUCAGCCACAAUUUGGAGCAGCCCCGGCCUCCGGUAUUCCCAUGAAUUCAACAUACUAUCAAGCUCCAGUUCCUUGGUCCUCCGGCCUCUGCGACUGUGGUGCCGAUAUUAACAGCUGUUGUUUAACAUUUUGGUGUCCAUGCGUUGCCUUCGGCCAGAUCUCUGAGAUCGUGGAUCAAGGAUCCUCCUCCUGUGCAGCAAAUGGAUGCAUCUAUACACUGAUCAUGUGCUGUUUAGGGUGUCCAUGCUUCUUCUCGUGUUGCUAUCGUUCCAAGAUGAGGCAGCAAUAUAAUCUGGUAGAGGAUCCCUGUGGGGACUGCCUCGUUCAUUGUUGCUGUGAGCAAUGUGCCAUCUGCCAAGAGUACAGAGAGCUGGAGAGCCGCGGAUUCAACCUGACCAUAGGAUGGCAUGGUAAUGUGGAAAGAAGGAACCGUGGAAUACCGAUGGCUCCUAUUGUAGAACAAGGCAUGACUCGAUAGAGUGAAUUAAUGAAGAUUAUCUGAUUAUAUGAAGGCCCUUUGGCCCUGAAAGAUUUUUCUGUUACACGGAAUGACUCUGAAUAUCUAUUAUAUAUAUAUACAAGAUUUGUGAUGACCUUAGAGUGUGAUUUGGAUUCUUUGUGAUAAUGUUACUGUUAUGCUACCCCGU